CGAUUGGCACGAAGAUAGAAGGGGAGGACACUCCGAUAACGUCGUCUUCGUCAACCUUGACUUGCUGCGUCAUGAAGCUGUCCCCUCGAGCCUUUCGCAUUUCCUUCAAGCUCGUUCUCGACACUGACGACGCGAGUACGUGUACCCCCUCCGACCCCGCUAUGAACUCUGCCCGGACUGGUUGUCGUUCCCCUCUUAGCUCCCUCCAUGAAGCAUCCGUCGAACAAUGGCUCGCAUCGAGCUACUCGCCCAUAUGCCGAGGUGAAAGCCUUUUGGUUUUGGUGCAGCCUUCGUCAUUCUAAUGCCCGUUGAAGAGCUACCCUCGACCUUCCUGCGGUCUCAGCGCAUCUUUGGCUUGCAUCUCAACCACCUGCUCGGACCUGGCCCAUAUUCUCGAGCACAACCUCUACGCUCAUCGAUCUGCUUCCCCAUGACGCCCUCCACUCGAAGUUCUGGCUUGAUUUACAGCACACUUAUUCUGCCACGCCAUUGCGCGAACUCCGCUAGUACCGACGACGCGCAUGCUGGCAAUAUUGAUACCCCUCAUCGUCCGACUGAUAGCAUCUUGCAUACCUUCCUCGCUAAUUAUCAGCAUCAAGGCUUGUACGUGAACACCAUCUCCAAUGCCAGUGCGCAAACUCCGCUCGGACUGUCAGCAUCCUUGUCCGACGUCAAGCACCCUCCGACAUCAAGGACCCUCCACCUUUUGGCUGAGAGGCUUUGCCGGGUCAGGUGUGCUCGAUGGCGGGCCGCUCGACCUCCACCACCAUACCAUCGCUUGCGAUGGAAGGACCCCGGCUUAUUGGCAGGGAGGUUUGUGUCGUGACCCCCCGAACCUCC